AUGCCUCCUAAGCGGAAGAGAUCAUCGGCUGCGACAGCUUCAGAAGUCAACGAUGCUCCAAUUGGGAUUCAUGAGACGCCAAUUCUCCCACCAAAGAUUCCUGCAAAGCCUUCAUUGGCAAGAAGACAAUCCACACGUCGCGGUCCAAAGACAGUUAGCACGAAUCCGGAUGUGAAUCCAGAUGUUGUGGACGGCAAGACUGCUCUGCGAGCAAGUCCAGACGCCGAUGAACAGGGCGAAGCUCUCGAAGUAGAGAAGGUGGUCCCUAUCAAACCUCCUACUACACCUUUGAAGACAAAUGGAAAUGCGAAGGGCAUACCAAAAGAAGAGGAUGACAGCGAGUCUCCUCUAUCGGACGUCCCCACCCCAGCAACCAAGAAACAAAAGAAGACACCAACCAAGAGUUCAGUAGCAGCGAAGAAAGCUUCUGACGAGAUUAAAGCUUUCAAAGCAGAGCAAGCUGCGAAGAAGGCUGCGUCAGGCGCCAAGAUAAAGAAAGAGGAGGAUGGAGAGGACGAGUGGGAUAAGAGACUUGAUCCCGAUGGAGACGAGACUGGACCUGUUGAAGAUGUGGAUGUAGUGAAACUGGAAGCUGCUCGGCCACCACCAGUGAAUAGUGAUUACCUGCCAUUGCCGUGGAAAGGGCGGCUUGGAUAUGCGUGUCUGAACACAUACCUUCGAUUCUCCAAUCCACCAGUUUUCACAUCCCGAACCUGCCGUAUUGCAUCUAUUCUUGAACAUAGACACCCUCUCAAGGACCCUUCACAGCCUGAGCAUGCUACGAAAAAUCGACCUGACAAGACCAAGCCAGCAUCUGUUGAGCGUGGUAAAAGAUAUGUCGAGGAGAUAUGCCUGGCUAACGUACGAGACCUCCCAAAAAUGUUCAGGUGGAACAACAAAUACGGUAUUAAAUUCAUGCGCUUAAGCUCUGAGAUGUUCCCAUUUGCAAGUCAUCUCGAGUAUGGCUAUAAGCUCGCUCCAUUCGCAUCUGAAGCACUAGCUGAGGCCGGAAAAGUCGUGGCAGAGCUCGGUCACAGAGUCAGUACACAUCCAGGACAAUUUACACAACUUGGGUCACCUCGACCGGAAGUCAUCAACAACGCAGUACGCGAUCUAGAAUAUCAUGACGAAAUGCUGUCGCUUCUGAAGCUCCCCGAACAAGCAGACCGUGACGCAGUAAUGAUUUUACAUAUGGGUGGGACCUUUGGCGACAAAGCAGCAACACUAGAUCGUUUCCGCGAGAAUUACAAGAAGCUAUCACCGUCAAUCAAAGCUCGUAUCGUCCUUGAAAACGACGAUGUAUCGUACAGCGUCCACGACCUUCUCCCCAUCUGCGAAGAACUAAAUAUCCCAUUAUGUCUCGAUUUUCAUCACCACAACAUCAUCUUCUCUCCCCAAGACCUUCGCGAAGGGACAUUGGACAUCAUGGCUCUAUAUCCUCGUAUCAAAGCCACUUGGGAUCGGAAAAGCAUUACACAAAAAAUGCACUAUAGCGAACCAUGUCCAGACGCCAUCACAGGCCGGCAGAGGAGAAAACACAACCCAAGACCUAUCACAUUACCGCCCUGUCCCGAUACCAUGGAUCUCAUGAUCGAAGCCAAGGACAAAGAACAGGCCUGUUUCGAACUCAUGCGCACGUUGAAGUUGCCCGGCUGGAACACUUUCAACAAUGUGAUCCCCUACGAACGAGCCGACGACAACAAACCCGUUCCCAAACCAGCCAAGAAGAAGAAGACCAAAAAGCAAAUCUCCGCUGAGAUUGAAGAGUUUGGUAAAGAGUUAAGCGAAGAAGAAGAGAUUGCGAGAGCGCUGAUUCCUGAGGAGGAGGUCGGCAUGGGAGGACCAGAGAAUAGGGUGUAUUGGCCACAAGGAAUGGAAGAGUGGUUGCGUCCGAAGAAGAGGGAGAUUAAGAAGAAAGGAGGGGUUGAUGAGGAGGACAUGUUUAAGAAUCCCACGCCGGCGAAUUUCGCGGCGAGGAAGGCGGUGGAGGCGAGGAAUAAGGCGCCGCUGGACGCGGAGGUUAGGGAGAGGUUGGCGGAAGCUAAGAGCGUGGCGGAUGUGAAGAAGAUUCUUGAGGAGCUUAAAGAUGCCACUGCGGAGGAGGAGGUGGAGGUGAAGAAGGGGAAGAGUACGCCGAAGAAGACAACACCGGCGAAGAAAGCGGCGACUAAUGGGAAGAAGAAGGGGAAAGGAGUGCCGACGCCUAGUCUUUCGAAUGUGGAGGAUGAAGAGGAGGAUGAGGAUCUUAGUAUGGAUGAACUUUCUGAUGGGGAUGGGGAUGAACUCGUUGCUUCUGUGGCUAAGGCUAAGAAGACGCCGGCGAGACAAAGUGGGAGGGCGAAGGGGAAGGGGAAGAGUUAUGUUGAGGAGGGGAGCGGGGAGGAGGAAUGA